AUGGCUCCCCAAGUCAAAUCAUGGCAAGACCUCAGUCUCCUCAGCGAAUGUAUCUCACCGGGCUUCAACAACAUCGUCUACACCACCUUUGCUCUCGUUGACGAGGAUGACCACGUUUUCUUCGGGCAGCUCUCCUUCAAGAGAAAAGAAAUCACAUUCGACCAGAUCACGGCCGCCCUGGAGCCAGUUCCAGAUAACCACAUUUAUCCACAACUGCCUCCACUCACCGCUGCCAAGUUCACCGUCGCACCGAAGGACCUGGGCAAGUCGAAGGUCUACAUCAAACGACCUUCCCUUAGCGCCUACGAGGACCUCAAGGACCAGGAUGCUCUCGGCUCGCUCCCUCCCCAGCUUCUUGACGAGGCUCGUAUCCUCGAGCUCACACUACGCAGGCCGCACCCAGGCAUCGUCCAGUACUACGGCUGCCGAGUCCAUCGUUCGCACGUCACCGGCUUGGUGCUGCAGAAGUACGAGUACAACAUCUACCAGUACCUCCAGCUUGGCAUCGGCACCAUCGACGACAAGGACGCGUUCAUGGAUGCCUUGGAGAGUGCAGUGCGUCACUUGCAUUCCGAACUCGGGGUGGCACACAACGAUAUCAAUCCUCUUAAUAUCAUGGUCAAUGGUAGCAACAAGAUGCCGGUCCUGGUUGACUUUGGCUCGGCGAGGAAGAUUGGCGAGAAACUAGGGGUGAGUCGUGGGACGCCGGGUUGGAUUGAUGAAGCAGACAAUUAUACGACUUCGGAAGUGCGUCAUGACGUUUUCGCGUUGGGCAAGAUUCAGGAGUGGUUGAAGAACCCGGAGUUUGAGAUGUAG